AUGGCUGCGUCCACCGCCUCCUCUAGCUACGCCCACGCCGAUGGCGCACUCUCGUCAUCCGCAACCUCGUCGAUCGCCGGCUCUUCCACCCUCUAUUCUGCCACCGGCUCUUCUUCCACAGCAACAGCAACCACUGCAUCCAGUCCUACGGAUCAGCUCCGCGAGACCUUCACCAGGCGCAUCGGCAGUCUCGCUUAUCUGAAACGCUCACUUCGAGGCCAGACAACCUGGUUCUCUACGAUCCAACUCGAUCCCGACGAGCUAGCCUCCUACUUUGACAAUGAUCGCAUGCACAAACGUACUUUACGCUACUCGCUCCUCGGUCUCAGCUUGUCGAGUAUCCUCGAGCUCUCAAACCCCAGCGACCUCGCCAGAGCCAUCGUCUCGCUGCUGAACGAGCUCGAAUCGUACACAGAUGACAGCAUCGCCGCACUCACCAGUGGUGCGGGUGCCACCAACUUUGGCGGGCAGAGACCCAAGAUGCGCAGCCUCUUCAAGACCGGCAAGCAGACCCUCAAGAGAUCGACGGUAGCACAGGCGAUCAGCGAGUUCGGCACCAUGGAUUCGGGCAUAGCAGCUGCAUCCAUGUCGGCAGGAAGUAGCGAGCAGAGCUCCUACCUGAUGGCUCCCAAUAUCCCCUUCCAGCUCGACUUUUUCCAGACAUUCUUCACGUUGUGCGAUAUCCUGACGGAGAUCUACUACAAGAUGCUGUCCUUUUUGCCAAGAGACAACAGCGGGCUGGAUGGAUCAACGUCCAACUACGGAACGUUCGGAAGAGCCUCUUCACCUCCCACUUCCAUCUCUAAUCAGGGGAAUCAGGACCACGACAGACCUGGCAGCAUCAGCCAAGCUUUCUCCUCAGCAGCAGCAAUGGGUGACGCGCAGAACGAGGCAGGAGCUUCGAUCAAUGGCAUGACGCAAGAACUCUUGCUCAAAGCAGAUGCCAAGAUCAAGAAGGUCAUCAACACUCAAGUCAAGGACAUUGACGGAUUCGCACGCCAGAUGAUCAAGGAUGAGCUGGCGUCACUAGAUCCACUGAUGAAGGAGCUCGGCUUGGAAACCGCCAGCAACUCUGCUGUGCCUCCGUCCUCAGCAGUCAGAGCAACCUUAGCAAAUACCGGACAAAGUAGCAGCUCCGGUCUCCCAACAUCAUCGGCCUCGGCACUUCCAUUCGGUUUCACCAACCAACCAUCAUCCACCCAACCUUCCGCUAACGCACCUGCCAGUAACACGACACCGUCGAAACUGUCCAACCUGGUCACAGCCUCUCAAUUCCGUCGUGCCACCGGCGGCGCCAAUACCGUCAAACCAGCACCCAUUCCAGACUCCUCCCAUCACGGACACCACCAUUUCAAUCUUGGUCCAAACAACACUACCGCAGGGACUGCGAAUGUAGAAGCCGGCAACGGGUUGAUCACUUCACGGUCAGCGAAAUUGAAGAGGAUCGCAAGUGGAACGGAGAGAGAUCAUGAUGCGGCGGGUAGCGCAAGUGUCAGCCCCAACAAGCAGCAGUGA